AUGGUAGAGUCGGCGGCCGGCGUGGAGGGAGUUGCGUGCACCUUGUUGAAGUCGCCAGCCGCGACGGCCCGGCCGCCCUUGAACUGCGCUCCCCUGACGGACGAUGGUCAGGUGGAAAUUGCAUUGAUGGCCACGGAGCACCCUGCCAUCACAGAAUUCGGAAAGACGGCAUUCGAGCACAUGAAGGAAGCCAAUGCGCUUCUCACGACUUGCGCGCCGUGGCAGGAGCUCGGCGACUUCCCGCCUGGAGCACUCGAUACAUACCGGUCCGCCAAAGCUUUUGCGGCCUCGCUGCUGAAACAGCUCGAGCAGCUAGAUUCCAUCGAUCUGGAUGAUUUGAAGCCCGACUGGGGAGACAAGGAGACGGUGCGGAUGGCAAGACGAUCUGCAAUUGCAUUUGCGCAGCAGAUUCUCGACCGCCUGGAUGGAAUCCAGGCGCUUUUAGCAGCUGCUGCGGAGAAGAUCCGGCAGGAAAGAGCCUGUUCGGCGCAGCCAGGGGAGGCCGAGGUCAGCCUCCAGGACAAGUACCGGGACAUGUUCCUUGCAAAUGCUUCAUCUGCUCUGCCAGCAGCCAAACGCCGGCGAACACAGCCGGCCACGAAGGCUGAGGUGGAGGCCUUGCUGAAGCGCAUCCGCUCCAAGACGAAGCAGGAAAUCUUGCGGCAGCCGAACAAGGCGUAUUACCGUCGCCUCGUCAGCCUGGCUAAUGUGGGGGAGCUCCCGCAGACGCCUGCUCUUUGCAAGGAGGCGGUGGAGUGCAUGGUGAGUGCGGCUGUUUGUGCCGUCGAGUCUGCGCCCUCUGGAAAGGUGCUCGGCAAGCUAUUUCACUCCCUGCAACAGUUGCAGGAGUUGAGUCCGACAGCCUCGUGGAUGAAUUAG